ACCAACAAACCAAUCACAGUAACUUCCUUCUACCUCACAAAGAGACAGACGGAGACGCACCGACAGCAGGCAGAAACUAAGUCGUUGAGCAGCCGAGACCAAACACUUCUUUGGUUUAAGAAAAGCAGCAGAGAGGUAGAUCACCAUGAAAUAUCAGCUCUUGCUUCUUUGGACUCUGGCAGCAUUUUGGAGUGGUGUGAAUAUGCAAGCAACCGGAGAAAUAGACGUACAAAAUUUUGCAGAAUAUAUUGAAUUAUCUUGUAAAGAGAAAAACAUCUCUGGAAAUGGUUAUGAAUCCACCAAGAGGUUGAAACUGUAUUACCGCGAUGAUAACAGUGGGGAAUACAAGUGUGAGAAUGUAGGAGACAAAGAAGGAGAAAAAAUAUUUGUUAAACUACGGACGUGCGACAACUGUGUAGAGCUUGAUACCCCCUCCAUCGUGGGCCUGGCGGUCGGAGACGUGGUGGCUACCAUCGUGGUUGGAGUGGCCGUCUAUCUGAUCGCUACUCAAGCUCGGACUAGUCAAGUUAAACCUGCCAAGAAAAAGUCUGAUAGGGAGAAACUGGUUCGUAAUGAAGUGCAGAAUGACGACAACUACCAGAAACUGAUACACCGAGGAAGAUCUGAAUAUGAUGAAAUCAAUAAGAAGUAGAAAGAAGUCAAUGCUAAAUCUCCCACCCUCCACCACCGUGAAACUGCAAACUAUUUUCUUCUGGAGGAAGAUCCCGGUCCUGCUCCCUCAGUCUCUGUCAGUACAGAGACUUAAAUAUAAAAAACGUAUUCUAUCCACUGAUAUAAUUUUCUCUGUAUUGCAUUGCUUUAUAAAAGUAAGCCAUUGCUUUAAUAAUGUGUCACUUCUUGGUUAAGUUACGACUGUUUAGAUGAACUUAACUGUUAAAGAACAUCUGUUUCUUUUUGUUGCUUUCAUGUUUCACAAUAUUCUGUAAAUAAAAACAAAUCUGACGUAAAAUAAA